AUGUCGAACCGCUACGGCGCGCCGCCGAUGCGCAACGGCAACGGCUAUGGCAACAUGGGGCGUCCCGACGAUGAGUACGACCCCUACGGCGAGGGCUAUGCCUCGGACAGGUACGCCCAGCGCCCGUCUACCUCGUCGUCGCGCGCCCCCCGCCCCUCCACCUCGUCGUCGCGCGGCCCUCCCCCAUCGGUGCGCGCAAUGCCAUCGCGGUCCCACGUCCGGGAGACGAGCGCGGAGAGGCAAAUCACCCAAGUGCUGGAGCAUAUCCGAUCAGAGUGGCCGUCCUUAUGCGACAACGAUUGCGUCCCCGUCCAGCUCGCCCUGCAGCUCCUCGACUCGAGCUCCGUCGGCCGCGCCCACGAGUACCGCAAGUUUCAGGAGACGCAUGCCUACCUGCAAGAUUCGCUCAAGAACAUCGUGCACGAGCAUCACCAGGGCUUCAACAGCUCGAUCGGCACGUUCCACAAAAUCCAGGGCAGCAUUCAGGCGUCGCAGAAGCGUGUCCGCGCCCUCAAGGAGUCGCUUGCUUCCGCCAAGACGAGCCUAUGCUCAACCGACCCCGAGCUCAAGAAGCUGUCGGCGACGUCGCACGGCUACGAUGAACUUUUGCAGACGCUGAACGAACUGGACGAUCUUCGCGCCGUCCCAGACCAGCUCGAGGCCCGGAUAUCUGAGAAGCGCUUCCUAACGGCGGUCGAGGUGCUGCAGAAUGCGUUGCGGAAGCUCCGCCGGCCGGAACUCGAUGGCAUUGGCGCUUUGAGCGACUUGAGAAGCUACCUGGCGAACCAGGAGACGGCCUUGAUGGACAUCCUUGUCGAGGAGCUCCACGAGCACCUGUACCUCAAGUCGCCGUACUGUCAGGAGAGAUGGCAGAGCCUGGCCAAGAGUCAAGGCGCCUACUCUGACAAUUACAGGGAUACCAACACCAUUUCGCCUUUCCACCUUGUAUUGGACUCCAUUGACGUGGAAAAGGCCGUGACGGAGGACCCGAUGAAGAAUCCGGAGGCGGAUACCUUUUACUACGUCACACUGCUAGUCGAGGCGCUCAACAAGCUAGGCAGGUUACAAAACGCCGUCGAGACCCUGAAGCAGAGGCUUCCUGUCGAGCUCUUCGGUAUCGUCAAUGAGACGAUCAACGAGGUUGACCAACGGCACCCAAGCAGUCUUCGGGGAGGCAACGGCAAGGCAGAAGGACUGCUUCUGUACGGGACUCGAGAGCUGCAGAUGAGGGCCGAUGUCAUCUAUGACCUGCUGUGGACACUUUACGGCAAAUUUGAAGCCAUAGGCGAGGGCCAUCGAAUCUUCCACGAGUCGAUCAAGUCACUCAUCCGACGAGAGGGCGCCGGAAACAACAUUGCCCUGCUCGGCAGCUUCAAAGAACUGUGGAACCUAUACCAGAACGAGAUCAGGUCUCUUCUCCACAACUAUGUCACGACAGACGCCGAUGUGUAUCAGUUCGACUCGCCGACGCCCGGAGGAAACCUCAACGGUAACAAGGACGCCAUGCGCGAGCACCUGUUCAAGUUUGCAGAGGCGGACUCCAAGUCGGUGGAUAUGGUGACCGAAUACGAUGCGCUCGAGGGUAUCAUUCACGCGACGGUGCCGGGCCUGACGAGCAACUCGCGAAAACCCGACUUGAAGAAGAAUCGGGUCACUGCCGAGCCUGGCCUUACAAGACGCGAUACCGGCAGCUUUGGUGCCGCCAAGCAGACCAUCGGCUCGUACAAGUCGCUCGUGGAGCCGAGCGUCUUUAACAUGAGCCUUCUUUUGCCGCCAACCCUCAUCUUCCUCCAGCGACUAAAGACCAUCGUUCCCCCAGGCUCUGACCUUGCCACCAGCACGUUGACGACAUUCCUGGAUAACUUCCUUGUUAACGUGUUCCAACCACAGUUGGACGAGACACUCGACAAGCUCAGCGAUACUGUCUUUGGCGAGGCCGACUCCUUCACCCAGGACCCGGCAUGGAACCAAUUCGCCGCAAAGCCCGUGUUCAAGGGCGCCACGGCAUUCUUCCAGGUAGUGACGUCGUUUUGCCGCAUGUUGGGCACGAUUCCACCUGACCAGGCUCUGAGCUCCCUCAUCGUGAACCAAAUGUCGCGGUACUACGAGCGUUGCUUCACUUGGUACAAGUCACUGGUGACCAAGACCCAGGAGCAAGCAGCAGAUUCGAGCAACCUCAGAGCCUCAGCUCGGUUUUCUGUGCAACCAGACGACUUGCAAGAAACUAUGAUGAAGCUAUGGACCGAGGAUGAAUUGGAUCCGCAGCUCCUGGAGAAGGAGAUACACUUGCUGAUCGAGCAAACGAACGAGACGAGACUAGAGAUGACCGACAUCAUCCAGGAUCGGGACACCAUCUCAUCUUUGUGCCUGCUCUACACGAGCAUGAAGUGGCUGGCGGCGAAGAUCUCGGACUUGAGGCACAUAACAAUGCACGAGACGGACUCAUCGCGGCAAGCGUUGCCACGACAGGCUAAUCGACGGUGGACGCUGUUGAACGACCCCAACAAGCUCAGCUCGGAUGAAGGGCCGGUCCAUCUUCCGCUUACCCAGGAGACUGUCCAGACAUUUGACAAGAUUGUUACCUCGUACGAGGAGCUGGCCGGCACUGCGCUGCUGACGUUGCACAUGGAGGUGCGCUGUAGGAUCGUGUACUCGCUGCGCAACACGUUGUCGCCGGAUCUGGCACCGUAUCUCCUGGAUCAAGAAGUCAGGGAACCGGAUCCACAGAUCCUGAGCCUCAACCUUGAGUUGGUGAUGUUUGAUGAGACGAUUGUCCGCUUCCUUCGCGACAAGGAAAUCGCCUUCAUCAGAACCGGCCUCGGGCUGCUGAUCAACUGCUACUUGGUGACCAACGCGCGCAUGGCCUCGCCCAUGAACGGCAAGGGCUGUGGUCGCAUGCAGCUCAACAUACUCGUGCUGCAGCAGAACCUCAAGAACAUUGAGGGGGGCGUGGACCUCACCAGGGCAGCAAAUUAUUACGCGCUGUUUGACAAGGGCCCGGACGCCAUUGUCGAGAAGGCCAAGGAGGACAAGGAGAAGGGCCAAGACGGAGUUUCGGAGUCGAACAGGUUCAGUUACGACGAGCUCAAGGCGUUGGUGGAGCUGUGCUUCAGCGAGCAGAUGGCGAACCCGGAGAGAGGCAUCGCGACGGCGGCGAAGAGGAGGAUGGACGACAAGCUGCUGGGGCUGAGCGAGCAUAUGUGGCAAACGUGA